AUGUUCAGAUUGUUCCCUCAACAGUUUGAUACAGAUAAUAUUAUUACUGGGCCUAACCACUAUUAAAUGAUGGGAUCUUCAAUGUUUUCAAAUUUAGCUUCUCGCCUCACAAAUUAGUUUAAGUAUUUAGCUAUUAAAACGACUAAUUCAGAGCUUCUCAAAACAAUUACAUUGCUUCAAUUUUAUGACUUAGAGUAAUCUGGCAUUCAAAAGCAAUGGGAGUACUAUGAUUCUACUUACCACAUAUACUGCGAUGAUAUUCAUUAUAACCUAACGAAAAACUCACUUUACUUAGUCUUUCAAAAUUAUGAUUCCUUUUUAGAAGUUGCACACCUUAUUAAUCCUGAGUCACUUUUAAUCACUGAUUUUCCUUUAUGCCCUUUCAGAAGUGAACCAAUUAUUGUACCCUCAUUAUCACCUUAGGUCCUAUAUCAUUACUUGGAUAACACCGCAAGAAAAUAUAGAUUAAAUUAAUGGAGUUAAAUUUCUACUUGCAAUACUUAUAGCUUUGACUACAAACUCAAUAAUGAAUUAUAUUCUAAAGAUUUUUCAGGGAAGGGUGGUAUUUUUCCUACAGAGAGCAUGAUUUCACUUAAUCCUAUAGCAACCACAGAUACAGCAUCGUUUGGCACAUAUUGGGUUUCUUAAGAAGGUGUUCUCCAGGAUGGAACAUCUAAAACUUAAACUCUUUAAAUAACUAUAAAUUAUCCUAUAACAGCUAUAACUUCACCAAUUAAACCUAUAUAAACACCACCAUACUUCACUGAGGAUCUAAAAAACCUGACAGUUUUCUAUGAUCAAAUCCUUGUUUACAAAUUACCAAUCGUUAAAGAUGAUGAAAAUGAUCCCUAUAAAAUCAAUUUUUAUGCUUAAAAAGAAUGGUAGUAACUCUAUGAUGUUGAUAAGAGAAUGAUAUCUUUCUUGAUUUUCAAUAUUUCAAUCUAGGUUCAUCACUUUGUAGUUGAAAUACAAGAAUAAACAGUCUACAACUUGACAUCAAAGUAUGCUUUCUCGAUCAAUGUCAAAGAGUCUCCAAAAGAAAUAGAAGUUGAUAAAGUAGUUGAAAUUGGAAAUGAUACUGAAUUAGAAGACAAUAGUACAAAUGAGAUUAAAUAUAAUUCUACUGACUUAAUAAAAGCUAAGAUAGUAUCAGUAAGUGAUAAAGGAGUGGUUAAAGUAAUCUUCAAUUACCAAUUAAAGUCCUUGACCUCAACAGAACUGAAAUAACUAAAUGAGCUAGUGACACCAAUUUUAAGAAAUUAAAAUGGGUCCUCUUUAUCAACAAAUAAAAUAAUUUAUCACUAGCUAACUUCUCUAAGUGGGAAAAAUAUGAUAAUAAAGAUCAAAUUCCUGUAUCCUUUGAAAGUAUCGCUUAGUGGCUAAACAGAUUAUUUGCUGCUUAAAUUCACAGACAAACAGAAAUACAUCAAGGCUGAUGCUAAUGAUAGCUUAAUUUUUCCAAAUGGAUUCAUAACAGACCAAUUUGCUCUUCCAAAUUAAGAGCAAUAAACAUUGAAUUAUGUUUUUGAGGAAAUCAAAGAGUACGUAUAGUAUUCUAUUGUUGGUACUUUUGGUUUAAAUACAAUAGCCGUUCUAUUUUUUGAUGUAUCGCUCCAAUAAUUUUGGUCACUAAUCAACACUCUUUAAUUAGUAGCUUACUUACCAUUGCUAAAUUUCAACAUGCCAUAUAACUUGCUUCAGUUUUUUAACAUUAUUUCUUAGGCAACUAAUCUUCAACUAGUUGAUAUUACUCUGAUUAAAGAGUUUAUAAAUCCUGAAGGUGAGAAGAAGUAUGACUAAGAAACUAUUUAUAGCACAAACUUUUAGUUGAUGGGUUUCUCAUCUUCUGAUAUCUAUGAAAAUAUGGGCCCAGAGCUUUUUCUAUUUUUUAUGAACUUUGUAAUGUACUUAUUAAUUUUGUUCACCAAGCAAUUCAAAGAAUCAAGGAUAUUCAAAGUGAUCCACAAGUAUCUAGUGAAAAAGUUUGUUUUUGACUUUGGAUUGAGACUUGUACUUGAACUAUACCUCUACUAUUGCGUUAUAGUCGGCCUUCAAUACUAAUAAUACUUGAAUUAUCCUUAAUUUACCAGAUUUACUAGCUUGUUAAUGACCUUUCCAGCAUUGGCUGUACUGGCUUUAUUCCCUAUAUUGAACUUAAUUAUCAUUAUGAAACGAAAAACCAAGGAAUCAAUAGAGAUCCACUACUCAUCUUUGAUUGAAGAUUUGAGAGCUACAAAUUUCUUAAGUAAAUUAUAAAGGAUUUUCUUUAUAUGCAGAAGGAUUUUAUUUGUUCUCUCUAUAUUCAUUCUUAAAAGUUUUCCAGCCUUUCAGGUUUUCUUUAAUCAAUUGACUUGCAUUUUAGAGAUUAUCUACAUUAUCAAAGCUUAGCCAUUCUCAAAGAUAUCAAGCAACAGGAUGGAGAUUUUAAAUAAUGUACUAUACUUAUUUAUUUGUACUGGCUUUCUUCUAUUGACUGAUGAAUUCGACUAAUAUUCGAUGAAAGUGAAUUCUAGCUGGGCAAUAAUGUCAAUGAUUGCUGUCAUUCUUGUUUCAAAUAUAGCUAUCAUAAUACUAUCCUUUGUUGAAAAAUCAAUGAGAUAUCUUUGGAAUAAACGAAGGCAAUUUUUAAGAAAUAGAAAAAUGAAAUAGAUAAUAAAUUUUAAUGAAUCAUCAACUUUUAUGACAACAUAAACAUUUUUGGGUACUAAUACUGAAAAAUCAUUUUUUGAGGUGAGUGGGAAAUUUAUCAACAUGGAAGAUUAAAAUCUAAGCAUUAUUAAAAAAGACAAAAAGCAUAACAGUGAUGUAUUUGAAAGGAGAAUUACAAAUAUCUUAAGUAUCAAUUUCAAAUAUAGUGAUAGUAAAAAUCAGACAUUAGAAUAGAUUGAUGAAGUUAUUACGGAUAAUGAAGAUAUUUAGGAAAAAUCAUCUCAAAGAAGUAAGAAAUGA